AUGGACAAGACUGGCAAAUUUACGAAGGUUGUCAUUGCACUUACACAAUAUGGGCCACCACUCAAGGUCUCCAAGGUGGUGGCUCAUCCCAAAACUUCAGUUACACGAGGCCUUUGCCCAGCUGCCUUGUCACACACUCUCAGGCAGCAACGAAAAUCCACACAUCACCACUCACCACUCACUUGCUUCUCUCUCUCUCUCUCUGUCUCUCCCAAGCCCUUCCCAUCUCACUCUACCUCAUCUCACUCACCACCUCACCACCUCACCACCUCACCACCUCACCACCUCACCACCUCACCACCUCACCACCUCACCACCUCACCACCUCACCACCUCACCACCUCACCACCUCACCACCUCACCACCACCACCCCCAAAGAGGCCAUGGCGGAAGCCGUAGGCAUCGCCCUCAGCGUCCUCCCCAUCGUCAUUUGGGCCCUCGAAAAGUACUCGGAGCCCCUCGACGCCUACAGCGACUACCACCGCGCCAUCGGCACCCUCCAGGCCAACCUGCAGAUCCAGCGGAUGCACCUCGAGGCCACGCUGCAGAGCAUCGGCCUGCGCCACCCGACGCCGCGCGAGCUGGCCGACUGCCUGCGCCAGAGGUUCCCGUCUCAUCAUCGCGAGAUUGCCUUUAUCGUGCGGCAGAUGGACGAGAUGAUGAUAGGCAUGAUGGACGGGCUGCAGGUCGACAUGAGCCGGAAACCCCUCUGGACAACACACGACUCCCCUGACAGAAUCUCCUGGGAAUGGCGCCGCGUCAAGCGCAGCUUCCGCACCAAGAAAUGCGACAAGAUGAUCCGCGACCUGCGCAGCUGGAACGACGACCUACGACACCUCGUCCAAAGCGCCGCCGCCGCAGAGCCACGCCCGCCAGACGAGAGCCACGCCAUCCAGCGAGUGCGAAGGCUCUACAACAGGGGCAACUGCGAGUCCGUGCGACGGACACUCCGAUCUUUGCAUCGAGCGCUGCAGGCUGGGUUGCUUGGCGAUGGAGACGCUUGUCAUCAGCUUCCCACCCCAAGAGGUAACUCAUCACCAAACUCCAGCAACAAAACCACCCGCACAAAGCAAACCCAUCCAACUAACAACACUCUCAAAGCAAGCGUAGAAGACACAUCAAUCACAUCAAUCCCGCCUCUGCCCCAGAAACCUCUCAUCCCCUGCCCUCCUCCACCCAUCACCAACCUCUGCAACGCCCUCUCCUCCCCCUCCCACACAGAAGAACUCUUCGGCUCCCUCAAAGACCCAACCCCAUCAUCCACAUCAUCAUCAUCAUCAUCAUCAUCCCACGAAGGAACAUUCUUCUCCCUCAGCCACUUAUCCCGCAACCACGACGCCAUCAUCAGAGAAAUCUCCCUCGAGAAAAUCAUCGCCACGGAAUCCCAGCGCGUCGCACCCGCCAUCCAGCCCCUCUCCGCCAAACGACGCUACGGCAUCGCCGCCUCCCUCGCCUGGGCAGUGCUCUAUCUCGCAGACAGCCCCUGGCUAUCCCAAGGCCUGAACCGCCACAAGGUCAAGCUCUUCCUCCAGAGGAAACAAGCCAACGGCUUCAUCAGCCUCUCCGAAAAAGCCUACCUCGCAUCUUCCCUCUCCAAGCCAACAACAACAACUCUCCCUUCGCCCGCCUCAUCAUCGGCUUCCCUCCGCCACAUAACAGCAACAACAAGAAGAACCCCAAAGAGCCUCAUCUUUGACCUCGGCAUCCUCCUCAUCGAACUCGCCGUCAACCAGUCCUUCAGCAGAGACUCGCUCUCCGCCAUCCUGCAGCACGAUUACCGUCCGUUGAAGAACUAUCUCGAUCGCGUGGAGCAAGAGGCGGGCAUUUACUACUUCAAUGCGGCGCAGAGGUGUGUGUAUGGCGUUUUUCUUGCGGAUCAGGGACAGAUGGACUUUGAUCUGGACAUGUUCCAGCACGAGUUCUAUAGCACCGUUGUGGCGCCUCUGCAGGCGACCUAUGAGGGCCGGUAA